CAGUCAGGGGGACGUGGCUAACGGAGAGCGUGAAACGUUACCAGAAUACAGAUUUCUACAAGUGAUACAGUACAGAAAUUACAACAUCGCAUGUGUACAGUAUAUUAGUAAAGUACCAAAGGGUUUCCUCGACUGAGUGAUCGUUUCUGACCCAAGAUAUGAAAUCUUCAGAGAAAUUUGCAUUUGCCUGUUUUCUGUUUCAAGCUGUUUUGUGUAGAGAAUUCUUCAUCAAUCUUCCAGAAAGUAUAGAAGCCCUGAAAGGCCUCUGUGUUCUCAUCCCCUGCAAUUUUGAUUUUAAAGAACAAUAUGAUGAAGAACUUCAAUACAGUCCUAGAGGAGUCUGGUAUAAAGGUGACAGUUUGGCAAAACACAAAGUCUUUUCUUCCAAAACUACAGAAGACAACAAGAUUGAUGGCAAAAUUAUAGGAGACCUCCAGAGGAAAAACUGCACCACCAUCUUCUACAACAUCAGUGAAAGUGACAGUGGAGAAUAUUACUUUAGAAUAGUGUCUGGAAAUCUAAAAUAUAUUUAUCCUUCUUCUUUUUAUUUAAAUGUCAGAGCAUCUCCAAUCAGCCCCUCAAUAACACUGUAUAAGGAGGAUCAGGGGGAGGUGGAGGAACAGAAUGAGGUGGUGGAGGGAACUUCAGUGAGUCUUGUUUGCUCUGCUCGUUCUCCGUGUCCCUUCAACCCCCCUAUUUUUACAUGGAACUUCCUGCCUGAGGAGCGGAGACAAAUGCAGAAACACAACAACAAAUUCAGCUCCUCUCAGCUGAACUUCAAAGCUACUCACCUGCAUCAUGGACUCACUUUCACCUGCACCACCACCUACCAGCUCCAGAACCAGAACAAAUCAGCACAGAGCUCUCGCACUCUACAUGUUCUGUAUGGUCCUAGAAACACAUCAGUAUCAGUGUCUCCAUCUGCUUCAGUGCUUUUGGGCAGUUCAGUGUCUCUGAGUUGCAGCAGUGAUGCAAACCCAGCAGUGCUGGACUACAUCUGGUACAGAGAGAACGGAGAGCAGAUAGGAACCGGAAACCAACUUACAAUCAGCAAGAUUGUUUCUACACAGAGUGGUGUGUACUACUGUAGAGCUCAAAAUCCCCAUGGAGAUCAGAAGUCAUCUGUAUUCCUGGAUGUUCAGUAUGCUCCCCAGGUCUCUCCCUCCUCCAGCUGUAAUAGCGCCCACAGUUUGAUCAUGUGUUCCUGUGAGGCUCAUGGGAAUCCAUCUCCUCAAUUGGUGUGGCAUCUCUCUGGUCAAACUGUCCUGCCAUCUGAGAGUGCAUCCAUCCGAGAGGAGGCUGUGACUGACACAGGUUUAAAAAGUUUUAUUACCAUGCAUGAGUCAUUUAUAGACACACCCACUCUGCAGUGUAUUGGCAUCAAUAAGCUGGGCGUCGACACUCACCUGUUUAAUCCCAACAAAUCAGAAUGCAGAUAUACCACAUUAGCUUAUCUGGUUCUAUCUCUUUCUGUGGUUCUCCUCCUGUGUAUUGGCAUUAUUAGUUUGCUCAUCUACAAAUUAAAGCAAUUAUUUGGAAAAAUAAAGGUUCUUAAAAGUGGGAAUAUUUAUACUUCUCUUCAGCCUUCUGCUCCAAACACAUAUGAGAUUUUGCCGACUCACAGAGAAAUGAGACUACAGGAGAAUAUAGUCUAAAAAGCGGCAGAUACCUAGAUACAUGCUCAUUUGUUGGUCUAUUUAUUGUUUAAUUGCUGUAAAUGUUUAUAUUUUUUGUGCAUGACAUGCACCCCAGACAAUACCCUGCCAGACUGCCAGAGGGUGUCCUUCUGCAAAUAUUGAAAGAUGUCUUCAUUUGUCCUACAUGGACCAUAGUUUCCCUUUCUCAUUAUUUAAAUAUAUAAUUUAUUUCUCUUAAUUUUAUCUGUGUAUAACCCUGCCCUUCCUUGCUUUAUCUCUGAAUUUAUUUAACCCCCAGUGUUUGGAUUAUUGACCUUGUCUGCCUAGUUGACCAUAUAUUUUGGAUUGUCUGGUGAAUUGUGUUUGCAGGUAUUUAUGUGGAACAUUUUUACAAAUUUGAUUUUGUACCAAUAAAUGACUUGAAUGUGGACAUAUAACCUGCCUGAGAGUCCUUUGUUACAUUGUGUUUGUUAUUACAAAUGAUCAUUGCUGUUUACUGACGUUUAAAAGACAUUCAGAAUGUAAGUCUGUUGCUGUCUUUUGUUAUUGUUUAGGUAAUUGUUUUAGAUUUUCCAAUAUUAGGAGAUGAAGUAGAGAUAAUAGAGAACAAGUCAGGAUUCUCUCAGGCCUGAUUGUAUUGCCAUUCCACUUGCAU